ACGACUCCGAGGCAGCCGCGGCGCCGCGGCCAUGAAGGCGGCGAAGGAGCUGACGGAGUGCGCGGCGCUCGGCCCGGGAUGGAUGCGGGAGGAGGUCUACCGCAAGUCGGGCGCCUCUGCGGGCAAGACGGACGUCUACUACUACAGCCCCACGGGGGAGCGAUUUCGCAGCAAGCUGAGGCUCGUGGAUGCGACGAAGAAGGUCAUGGACCUCUCCAACUUCAACUUUCGCACGGGGACGAUGACUGGACCCUGGAACAACAGCCCCAACUACAGAAAGCGCCCUCUCACGCCGGACGCCAAGCACAAGCAACCGAAGAAGUUAAAAGUUAUGGACUCACCCACCAAGCCGGUUCCGGCCCAAAAGCCCAGCUCCCCCAUCAAACGCACGCCUGCCGUCAAACACACACACGCCGUCAAACACACACAAGCCAUCAAACACACACAAGCCGUCAAACACGUGCACGUCAAGCAGCGCACGCUCGCCAAGCGCACAUCCCCCGCCAAGCAGAAGCCCGCCAUCAAACGCACUCCCACCGGACAGCAAAACUCCGUCCGGAAAUACACCUCUCCCAAGACGCACACAGCUGCUGUAGCCGAGCUGAGGACGACGGAACAUGCCGCUCAACGCACCAACUCGCAGUCAAGUUUGGCUGCUCAGCAGAAGGAGGUGGUGAAGCAGCCCUAUCAGGUGUUCACCAGAUUCUUCGUGCAGCCCCGGCUCGCCCGCAUCAUUGUCUUCAAGGAGGUGCCCAUCCUGGACAAGAUCAAGCAGCUGUUUCAAGGCGGCCAGAUGGAGGGGAAGAGCACGGUGGACAUCGUUGGCGAGGUCAUCAACGCCGUGCACAACCCCUGGUUAAUACAAGGCGUGAGCUCUGCUUCUUCUCUGGACUCGCUGCUCGUGGUCGUGAUCAACUCGCUGUGCUACUGCCGUCUGGCGGCGCCAGCGCGGCCGCCCUCGCAGGUCGGCGCCGCCCCACCCGGCCACUCCGGCCACCCUGACCACUGGCCCUUCAUCGUCACGGAGGACGACAUCAGGCGACAGGAGGAGCGGGUGAAGCAGGCACGGCGCCGCCUGGAGCGGGCGCUCGUGGCCGACUCGUUCGCCGCCAUCACCGUGGCCGUCAACACCGUGGCAGUCAACACCGUGGCCGUCAACACCGCCGCCGCGCUUCCCGCCGUGCCGGCCGGCGCUCUGGCCGUCCCCACGUUCGCUUACCCCGUGGUCUUAUCGGUCGCUCACCCGGUCGCCAACGUCGGUAACUGGACGGGCAAAGCCGCGGGCGCCACCGCCGCCACCACUCUCCCGCGUUUGUCCGUCCUGCCGGCCGCCGCGCCCGUCGCGGCUCACGUGGGCCUCCCCGGCGCUGCCACCUCCCGCGGCUCCUUGUCGUUGGCGCCCGUCGCCAAGACCCUGACGGUCGCCUCCGCGCUCCCUGGUGCCGCCGGUUACAGGGCAGAUCAAAUCAUCGUCCCCGUCACGCCGUGUCUCAUUUCUCAAGUCGCCGCCGUUUCUUCCGUGUCUUCUGCCAUCUUCCCUACCGUGACCUUCACCUCCGCCAUGGUCACGCCGUCGAUCAACAACUGCAAGAAUUCUGCCUCCAAGGCGUAGGGGAGAUGCCGCCUGAGAAAUUCUGCACGUGCCAAGCGGCGAUGGAGCGGGGGCUGGAGAGAUGCGAAAGCGAGAAAAAGCCAUCGACUUGCACACAAAGGACAAUUUUCUCCCUUUCCCUCCUCCCAUUUUGUUCGGCAAUUUGCUCUAAAAUCGCCGGGUUCCUUCGCGACGCCAGCAGGCGCCCGCUCGCGCGCCUGCUGCGAUCUCCACCCAACCCUCGAGGGGGUGGGGGGAAUCCUAGCGCCUGGCGCAGCGCCAGGAGACAGAGGGAGAGAAAGUUGCACCACCCACAGAUGCAGGAGGCCAUUGCAGUUUGCAGCCUGCAUGCUGCCACUCGCAGGUAAUGCACAGGUGUCGGACAGGCAUAAUGGAUCUAAAAAAAAAAAACCCUGUGCUCUAUUUCACGCCUAUUUGAUGACUCGUGUUGGGUACCUCCUGAUGUCUCACAUUUUGUGGGGGGUGGGGGGUUGAAGCGGUGGGGAGGGGGGGGUGUAAAUGGUUAAGAUUUUGUUGAUAUGAUCCUGCGGGUGGAAUCCGAUUUAGGUUUUUUGGACUCUUGUUCAGAGUUUUACGUGAACCGCAAAGGUAGAGUAACAUCUCCUCCCCUCCUCGCGAGUCUGCGGGCAAUCGUCAGUGAAAAUAAGGAAGGCAUUUGCACGCUAUGUUUCUGUGUAAUCGCUGCGGGUUCCAUAAUGCGCUGUGCCAUUGUGAGAACCAGUUGCGUAACCACUAAGCACAAAAAAAAAUAAUUUGGGAUAACUAUCUCUGGCAUCUAUCCCAAGUGGAGCAAAGCGUAAACCCCUCGCCGGCUGAAAGCGUCCCGUGCGGCGGCAGAGCGCUGGCGUUAGCAACCAACGGACGCAGCUUUCGCGCCGCGCACGUGAGAUUCAUCGCCGGGUGCCGCCGCCGUUAUGGUCGAUGGCGGUUUUGUUGUUGUUAGAGGACUGACAGUGAUAGCCCGGGCAUCAGCGGUGCGUUCCGCUUCUGACGGGGGCAUAUCGGACGGCACGAAAGGUGAUUAGGUGCAGCGGAGAGGCGUUGCGCGCGUGGGGAAAAGAACAGCGGGAUGUUACAGCGAUAUUGUCUGUGUUGUUCGAGUUCAAAUAGAGCACAGCUCCAAACUUAACGCACUUCCCCCCCCCCCUCCUGUCGCUCGCAUUGCUUCCCCAGUGCGGCGUUGAGGCCUGAACUUUCCUUGACCGAUGUAGUUGAAUGGCACUUAUACAUUAUGAUGUUUUCUAUCGGGAUUUUUGCAACGCAAUCCGUUUGUAUCUUCAUUUCAAGUUUUCGUGACUGCAGGAAUCCACCCUCUCUGAUUCUUUCGGUGAAGUCACGUAGAUGGGAAAAAAUAAUAAAAGAACACGACGUUUCGGUCGCAACACAAGCGCCGUCGUCACCUAAUCACCUGAUCACGGAUGCUUGAGACAAACGUAGACACGUGGAAUAAUCAUCCGUAAAUUAGAAUUUUUUCUAUCCUACGCGGCUUUACCAAAAGAACCAGAGAGUAUAUAAUUCGUUUGUACUUUGCGGAAUUAGUUGAAAGAGUGGCAUACUAUGGACCAAGAACUUAUUAUACUCGUCAUACCGAUAGCAAUUGUGUAUUUAAAUACAGAACCCUCCGUGUUGCGUACUAUAGAGACUAUAUAUAUAUGAUGUGGGUGUUUUAAAAGUACUUUAUUUGUAUACGUCGAUCAUGUUUUGUGAACGUUUUGCGUUUUAUGCACAACGCUAGCGGCUUGGUGUUAAUGGAAGCUUGUAAACGGCCAACGUUUUUUGAGCACAGGUGGUGAAUCUGUAAAUAUGGAAGUUGCGUAUAAAUAUGUGUGCGUGUGUAUAUAAGUUUAAAUGGCCGUGCGGUGCACUUAGAUGUGGCAGUAGUAUGCACACCACGUGUUUAUAUUUGUGAUCGGGGGAUCCGAGGUCUGUCAUCGUCGCGGUUGAGCAUAACUGCAGGCAGUCGUUAGCGCUGUGCAUAAAAAUCGGCCCCGAAUUGACAAAAGCGUGUUAGACACUUGAUAAGCACACAUGAGAGUAUUAGUUUAUUUUUGUUCCAGCACUGCAAGCGUUUGUGUGUAAAUCCUCAAUUGUGUUACAUUUUGUAUGGGCACAUGAUGAGACAAACGUAGACACGUGGAUGGCCGUUAGACAUUUUUUCGCGAUAAUUGUGACCUCUGUAUGAGGCUCAGCUCUAGGUGUAAAUAGAGCAGAGGGCAUUUCUGUUUUGGGCUAUUGCAAUGUUCCUUGAUGAGUUGAUCGCAGCUUCACUGGUACGCACAGAAACAAUUUGCGAUGCUUAGUAUGCAGGAAACCCUUCCUGUGGUCUGGCAUGCCCAUCGCCGAACUGCACAUCAUCAAAUCAUAGCUAUAAAUACAUUCUGAGAAACAUUUUUUUUUUUACAUUGGUAUGGGUGAGUCAUUUCUCUGCGGCGCUAUUUCCAAAUGACGUUUACAUGGUGCGUGUGGGUGCUGCUCGUUUCGUAACGCUGCUAAGAGCUCGACACGGCUACUCGUUUUCAAUUGUUGUCCACUCGUGUUCUAGAAUGCCAGCCGCUUACCGUCGACGUGCCAGCACGCGCAGCGCCGUGUGAGAGAGAGCCCACCAGCCGUGCUUACUCUGGGUUCAGUGGCGAGCAUUUAAAACACAAACCUCCUCUGCGCUUCUUGUCGGCAUCUCCUGGACGUGAUUGGGGGGAGGGGGGGGUAGCAGCUGUGCUUUUACCCCCGGUGUGAGUGAUUUCUGCCCUGCUAGAACCAGUUCCAAUCCCGAUGUGAGCUUUGAACGAUCGCUGCGUUUACUUUUUUUUUCAAUUAAUGAUCAACGUCUUGUGGGGUUCCACGAGUUUCUGUGAUGAGCGCGGCUGGACUCGGUGAUCGGCGCACGAUAUCAAAUGUCCAAGCGUCUCGUACCUCCUCUGACGACGCACGCACAUCCCCGCCGCGGAUUAAUUACGGAGUGGGGGGAGGGGGUGGCGGUGACGCUCCCCCCUCGAUCGGCGGGUCAAUGAACCGGCUUCCUCCUUCGGGUUGGGAGCGACGGCGCCCACCCAGCCAGCGCACGCGGUCGCGGAAGCGUAAAUAUUUAAGUGCUCGGAUUUGUGGUGCAAUUCGCCCUUCUACCGGCGGCAUUGCGAGACCCCCCCCCCCCGCCCCCCGUAGGGGAAUGCCGCUUUGUUUUAUAUUCCGAGCCUCGCCGUCUUGUGCGCGGCCACAGCGGGUUCAGAGAGUGCAGGCGGCGUGUGUUGCGGGUGAUGCCCCACUGAUGGCUCCCGCCGCACCGUGGGUGCAGUGGGUGCUGCUGCACCGUUGUUGCCUGCGAUGGAAAUCCGCUGGGAAGCGCCCCCCGCCCCCCCCCCCCCUCAUCGGCUUCUCACGUUGCGUGCUCUCCCAAUGUGGGCGGUGGGUGGCAGCCGGUUUGGUUAAUUAUUUUAUUUGUCAGCAAAACGGUGGGGGAAAAAUACGACGUGGAUUUUUAAUCAAGGCCCAGCCUCGCUUUGUCUUGCGCGGUGCAUGAAGUGUAACGUCCCGUUGGUUUUUUUUUGUUGUGUGCAGCAAAAUUGUUAUUUGCAAAUGCAAAUGUGAAGGCCAAAUUUAAUGGACUGGUUUGCCCAGUUUGUUGUCUAGCGUGAUGCGGGUUGGUUUUUUUCCUCUCUCAGUAGAGUACUCGUUUGUGUUUGACUCGUUUUCGUAAAUGAACGGCUAAUGAUACCGUGUCUAGUGAUGUUUACCGAAUAAAAGACACCAACAGCCCUGUACAUAAUACUGUAAUACAUUGUGCACUUUGAGAA